UCUGCUCUGCUCCACUCUUCCCCCUCUGCAUACUCCUCCUUAGAUUGAGAGAGAGAGAGAGAGAGAGAGAGAGAGAGAGAGAGAGAGGCGUUAAGCAUCGUCUUUAGACUUCUGGGUGUCGGCUGCAUUUUCGUCUUCCCUUGUUUUUGCUCGGGACAUCGGAUGAUUUCGCAGCUCUGCUCUGUUUUCUGAGACAUGGAAAGGAGUAGUAGCCCGAAGAAGCCCAUGGCCGGGAUCGUCAAAGAUGUCAAAGGAAGAGUGGCCUGCUACCGGCAGGACUGGGUCUGCGCAUCCUGCAUAGGAGUGAGGAUAUUGGCACCGACUGCAUUUAUCUUCUUUGCUUCUGCACUUCCCGUGAUAGCCUUCGGGGAGCAACUCAGCCGGGAUACAGAUGGAAGCUUGAGCACGGUGGAGACAUUGGCAUCUACAGCAAUAUGUGGGAUCAUCCACUCGAUACUCGGAGGACAGCCCCUUUUGAUCUUAGGAGUUGCAGAACCAACUGUUAUAAUGUACACAUACCUGUACAAUUUCGCCAAGUCACGACCCGACCUGGGCCAAGACCUCUAUUUAGCUUGGGCUGCAUGGGUUUGCGUCUGGACCUCAAUUUUGCUGUGCCUGCUAGCGAUAUUCAAUGCGUGCACAAUCAUUACCCGAUUCACGAGGGUCGCAGGGGAACUCUUCGGGAUGUUGAUCGCAGUCCUCUUCAUUCAACAAGCCACUAAGGGACUAGUGAGCGAAUUCAAUAUCCCAAAAGCUGAAAAUGCUGAGUUACUGAAGUACCACUUCGAGUGGUUAUAUGCCAAUGGACUGCUUGCGGUGAUCUUUGCGUUUGGUUUGCUGUACACUGCUCUGAAGAGCCGUACGGCAAGGUCAUGGAAAUAUGGAACCCGCUGGUUUCGAGGUUUUAUAGCAGACUACGGAGUUCCUCUGAUGGUUCUGUCCUGGACAGCACUGUCCUUCACCGUGCCGAGAAAAGUUCCUGAUGGGGUCCCCAGAAGGCUCUUCUGCCCACUCCCAUGGGAAUCGGCAUCCCUCUACCACUGGACCGUGAUUAAGGAUAUGGGAAGAGUUCCACCGAUGUACAUUUUUGCUGCCUUUAUCCCGGCCCUUAUGAUCGCAGGCUUAUAUUUCUUUGACCAUAGCGUGGCCUCGCAAAUGGCGCAGCAGAAAGAAUUUAAUCUCAAGAAGCCUUCUGCUUAUCACUACGACAUGUUGUUGCUUGGUUUAAUGACUUUGCUUUGCGGGCUACUUGGAAUUCCGCCUUCAAAUGGAGUCCUUCCGCAAUCUCCUAUGCACACAAAGAGCCUAGCUGUUCUCCGGGGACAGGUGAUUCGCAAGCGGAUGGUUCAGAGUGCAAAAGAAAGCAUGAAGCAGCAAGCAAGCAAUUCCGAGAUUUACGGAAAGAUGCAGGCGGUUUUCAUCGAAAUGGACUCAGCUCCUAAUACUCCUUCUGCGGCGGCUAAAGAGUUGGCCGACUUGAAGGAGGCAGUCAUGAAGACUGAACAGGAUGAAGGAGAAACAAACAAGGUGUUCGACCCCGAAAAGUGCAUCGAUGCUUUCUUGCCCGUCAGGGUUAACGAGCAGAGAAUGAGCAACUUAUUGCAGUCAGUCCUCGUUGGUUUAUCAGUUUGUGCCAUCCCGGUGAUCAAACUGAUACCCACCUCGGUACUUUGGGGUUAUUUUGCCUAUAUGGCUAUUGAUAGUCUACCAGGAAACCAGUUCUGGGAACGGAUCUUGCUCCUCUUCAUCACACCGAGUCGACGCUACAAAGUGCUGGAAAGAGUUCAUGCCUCAUUUAUAGAAUCAGUGCCAUUCAAGUCCAUCGCGAUGUUCACCAUCUUCCAAUUCGUGUACCUCUUGGUUUGCUUUGGCAUAACGUGGAUACCUAUAGCCGGAAUCCUAUUCCCCCUGCCGUUUUUCCUUCUAAUAAGCAUAAGACAGCACUUGCUCCCCAAGCUCUUCAAGCAGAGUCACCUCCAAGAACUCGACGCCGCAGAAUACGAGGAGAUAGCUGCAAUGCCAUACCGCAGUCGGAGCCUAUCCCUCUCAUUCAAGGAUACAAAGCCACCCGAUACUUCUGGAGGUGAGGAAAGCGAAGAGGACUUCUACGACGCCGAGAUGUUAGAUGAGAUGACGACUCGCAGAGGAGAGUUGAAGCUUCGAACCGUGAGCUUCAAAGAAGAAAUGCUCUUACAUGUCCAGUCCGAGGACCCAUCUCGUACAUGAAGUGAAACCGGGAUUCGUCUUCUUAGUAGUUAACUGAAUUUUAGUCUUUAUAUGUAUACAGAAACUAGAGUUGCAGAAAGCAUAUAGAUGUAGGCUAGGCAAAGAGACAAUUUGAGGAGUUAACUAAUUAUGAGAGGAAUAUAAUUAACUGGUGAAAUCCAUUCUUGUGCAAGCCUAAUCCUUUCGAGACAUUUAAUGCAUUAGCCAGGUUAGUACAACGUUCACAGAUCGGCAUUAUGAAAGUUAGCACGGUAUUUUGUUCCUUGUAUACAAUAAAAUGAUUUUACAGCAGUACCACCACCUACUGGAAAAGAAUGUACGACCUCGGAAAUUAGAGGACAGAAUCGGAGGAUGAGAAACUCCGGAGGCGGUGCAACCUAUGACAAAAUUUAGAUGAAACGACUCUAAACUUCUAGUCCUUGCCUCUUGGCUCUGUUUCAUAGCUUUGAGCAGGACCUGAGUUGUCAUCGACAAGAAUGAGGUGAUCGCCAUCCCGAAUGAGCUCGAUAUCUUCAACUUCUGCUCCUUCUUUGGUUGUGAUUUUGGUGAAGUUACACCCGAAUUUCCUGUAACCAAUCUGGAGCAGUUCUUGAAGGGACUGUGGCACUAGCACCAGCUUACCGGCAGUUUCUCCCCUGUCUGGGCAACUGAUUGUCACUCUAGCACCGUAGUUGCUCGUAUUUGGACGGGUAUAACCACCAGACGCAAUAGAGCCCCUCUCACCUGCGCAGUUUCAGACUCCAACAUUACAAUUCGAGCAAAAAGUGCACAUCAUAAAUAUAACGCUCUGUGAAAUAAAGAUUAAUAUGUGCUUUGUCA